GCGCACGUCCACGAGAGUCGAUCCCUUCACACCAAUCAUGGCCAUCAAAUCCUCCGCGAAGAUGACCAUCGAUCCGAUGAGCGUCAAGUACGCCAACGAGAUGUCGCAGUGGACCGUCUUCUGGGGUCUCAUGUUCGUCGUCUGCAGAUUCGCGCUGUUCAAGAAGUACAGCGCCGACUUCAGCAACCGCGUCGUGUCCAUCGUCCACGCGGUCGUCGCGAUCUACUACAGCUACGUCACGUUCGAGAACGGGUGGGAUGGGAUGUUCGAUAACAUCGGCGGCGCCAACACGGAGGCUCAGACCCUGUGCAUGGCCAUCUCUCUGUCGUACUUCACGUACGACCUCAUCUACUGCGCCCUCGGGGGGGAUUUCAUGAGCGUGGUGCACCACAUGUUCACCAUGGGAGGGCUCGCGUCCGGUGUGCUCAACGGCAGGUCCGGCGCCGAGCUCGUGGCGUGCCUCUUCCUCAUGGAGGUCUCCAACCCCUCCCUGCACCUCAGGACCGUGUUCAUCGAGAUGGGUCUGAAGACGUCGAUGCUCGCAUCAAUCAACUCGCUCGUGUUUGCGCUGAUGUUCUUGGUGUGCAGGCUGGUCAUCGGGCCCCCGCUGGUGUGGAAGACGCUGGCGUCACCGGACAACGAUUACAUCGUCAAGGCGGGAGGGUUCGGGAUCCUAGCUGUGAGCGUGUUCUGGGGCAUGUCCAUCAUCAGGAUCAUCGUCAAGGAGGUGAAGAAGCUGAUGGGCGGUGGGAAGGCGAAGCAGGCAUAGCAGGCGUUUCUCGUUUCAUUUUAUUCCUCACGC